CUAGAAGGCCAGUCUUCUUGACACUUUCCCAAUUUCCUGCCAUGCCGGGCACGCGUGAUGUUGAGUUGCCCAAAGAAUGGUUUGAGGAGGUUUUUGGUGUACCUGAGGGUAAAUACAGGGAGAUGCGAGAUGACUUUGAAGCAGCGGCAGGGUUGCUCAUUUGCAAAAGUACGGGAAAGAUGUUCCAGGCUGGGACUUUGCGGACUCCAACCUUGGCCGAGUUGAGAAGCCAGCUAGAUACAGCCAGACAGGAAGGUGAUGGUGGCUAUUACAAUGCUGGCGUCUUGAGAUUUACGAAUUUGACGAGCGAUUCAUUGAGCCUUUACCAAGACUCACGCAACGCUGGGGCUGUUUUCCAGGUUUGCUCCUUGUUCAACUGCUUGGAGACUGUGGAUGGUUACCACCCAGAGGAUGGCAUCACCCAUUAUUGCUCCAAGGCUACGCAAGGAGCUGUCUCAUCAAUUGCGUGUCCUGCAGCAGCAUUCUUCAGGAAUUACUUUGUCCACACCACUGGUCAGGGUGCUGGUGGCAGACCAGUUGACUUGUUGGAGGAGCUGGCAAACGUUGUGCAGAACCACAAGAACGGCUAUUGGACUAUGAAGCAUGGGCAGUGUCUACCAAAGGUUGAUGGGAGUAUCGCGCGGUUGAGCCACUCCUUGGCUACCAACCACGACUUAGAAGCCGAAGCGCGGCAAGCUGUCCAGGUAGGCGUGCACUGGGAGACUGAGGUAUGGCAAUGCCAGCAUCAAGUUUGCCAGGUGCUGUGUGGGGCUUUGCCGGUAGGCUACUUGAAAGCUGUUCGGGCUAAUGAGUGGGCAACCUUUGCCAAGGUUGUGUUGCAGUCGGCUUAUGAAGCAACUUUGACGGUGGCAUCCUGCCUGGCAGCCAAAAAGGGCACACGAAUCAAGGUCUUCUUGACAGCGGUUGGGGCAGGAUCUCUGAGCAAUCGCGUUGCAUGGAUUGCAGGUGCUUUAGAGAUGGCGUUGGAGAACUUUGCUUCGGAGCCGUUGGAUGUGGUGCUCGUCCACUUUUCUGCCCCAUUGCCCGAUUUCACUCGUUUAGAGGAAGGGAGGAAAGUUUUAACUCCUCCAGAUAGACCAUUGAGUUCGUCAAACGGCCUCAACCAGAAGUGGCAAGAUUUGGAGAUAGAGGAGCCAGAGGACGACCUUGUCAACGUGAUGAGGGCGGCCUUCUCCUUGAAUGACCAGAAUGGAGAUGGAGUGUUGGAUCGAUCAGAGUUCUUCAGCAUGCUGCACAAAAUCGAUGAAGAGUUCUUUACGCCGCAUGUUGUAGAUGUACUACUAAAAGAGGCCGAUGCUGAUCAAGAUGGCAAGAUUUACUACCAUGAAUUUGUCAGAUGGAUUUGCCAGGAAGACGAAGAGAUUGUAAAGCGAGUCUUACUAUAAGACAAGCCAGAGAGUUCUUUCGCCGGCUGUGGCGGAUGUGGCUUUGCGUUGGUUUCUCCGAUCGGUGAUCGGAU